AUGCGUACGAAGAGGGCAAGCAGGAGAAGGACCAGCAGGGAAGGCCUCCUGGGCUGCCUCCAGCUCCUAGCGGCCCACGAGGCCAACCUCAAGGCACUGGACGCUAACGGCAACACGGCGCUUCACUCGGCGGCGGGGUCGGGCGCGGCGGCGGCCGCGAAGUUCUUGCUUGGGUGCGGGUUGUCGGUUGCCGACAAGAACAAGGACGGGCACACCCCAAUGGACAUCUGUACCCUCCACUGCCCAGCGGAUAAGAAGAGAACCAUGCAGCUCCUGCUAGAGGGGGGAGUGAAGGUAGGGGAAGAGGACCGGGCGGCCGGGGGCGAUUCCGCCGCCGCCGCCGCCGCCGCCGGCCCGCACGACAAGGAGAACAGACAUGACGUCGGUGACAACACCGCUGCUGCUGCUGCUGCCGUCGCAGCUCCCGCGUUCGGGGGCGAGGUGACGAGAAGCAGUGGCGGCGGCGCAACCAACGUUUCCGAGACCGGCCCGAUGGCGGUGGCCGUUGCGGGGCACGACGCGGGGGCCGGGGCGGUGGCGGCGGCCGACGUCGCCGUCCCUCGUACCCCUUCGACCGGCG